AUGUCUUCAUCUACGAUCCAACCAGGCCACACGCAGGCCUUUGAAAAUGCAAUCGAAGUGCACUCACAGUCCCCAGGCACCUACGCCGCCGAUCUGAAAUGGGAGUGGUCCGUUGGUAGCGCUCCGAAUGGAGGCUACAUCGCCGCUAUUCUUCAUCGCGCAGCCACUACACACUUCCAGCGCACGCAUCCAACAGCCCACCAUGGCCGCGCCGUGCCGAUCCAGAUGCAAUUGACCUACAUCCGGCGCAGCGAUAUCGGGCCGGCGGUUCUGAGCGUGAAGGACGUGAAGCUCGGCUCGCGCGUCUCUGUCAUCCAUAUAACCAUGUCGCAGGGUGGUCGCGACAAGGUGGCCGGGUAUAUCACCAUGUCGGAUCCGGUUUCUGAAACGGGUGUUUCGACGACGACGGGGUGGACUGCCCAGCCGUCCGUCCCUCAAUGGGUCCCUCCGGAUACACUAGCCAAAGGAGCUGAUAGCGAAUGGCGGAAGGUCGUCCUCCCGAACGCUGAGUUCCGCCGCGCGGCUAGCCAGGUUGAAUUCUAUGAGCCUAAGAAUCCGAGUGUUGGGGUAGGCUUCGUCAGCCACUGGGCUCGUCUACGUCCGUCUGGCCCGGACGGAGGCAUCGGACGCUGGACACCCGAGUCUGUUGCGUUCCUGUGCGACAUCUUUCCCAUCACACUAGGCCGGUUGGAGCAUGUCGUGCAUCGGGCUCUGUCUGGCGAGUCGGAACCGAAGGCGAAACCACCGCCUGUUUGGUUUCCGACACUAGGCUUGAACCUUGAUCUGAAGAAACCGGUGCUGGGGGAGAAUGUGGAAUGGCUAUAUAGCCAUAUCACGAUCAAGUCUCUUCGCAACGGACGGAUGGAUGUCGAGGUCGUCGUUCUGGAUCAAGCUGGGGAGGUUGUUGCGAUAUCCACCCAGGCGUCGCUGGUCAUGUCUGCAGAGAGAAAUGCAGGCAGCAAGGGGCAUUCGUCUGGGAGACUGUAG